AUGAUAAACAAGAUGACCUCCUCCCGGAUGCAGCAGACGAUGAGUGGUCCUAGGUGGAACCGGACCCUGUCCGACCCAUUGUUCGUGCUGUUGCUGGCUCUGCAGCUUUUGGUGGUGGCCGGCCUGGUGCGAGCGCAGACCUGCCCUUCCGUCUGCUCAUGUAGCAACCAGUUCAGCAAGGUCAUCUGUACGCGCCGUGGUCUUCGAGAUGUACCCGAUGGAAUUUCAACCAACACAAGGUACCUGAACCUUCAGGAGAACCUCAUUCAGGUGAUCAAGGUAGACAGCUUCAAGCAUCUGAGACAUCUGGAGAUCUUGCAGCUCAGCAAAAACCAUAUCCGCAACAUUGAAAUUGGAGCUUUCAAUGGCCUAGCCAAUCUCAACACUCUGGAGCUGUUUGAUAAUCGACUUACCACAAUCCCCAAUGGUGCUUUUGAGUACUUGUCCAAACUUAAGGAGCUUUGGCUGAGGAAUAACCCAGUAGAGAGUAUACCCUCCUAUGCCUUCAACCGUGUCCCAUCUCUGCGAAGGCUGGACUUGGGUGAGCUGAAACGGCUCUCGUAUAUCUCAGAAGGUGCCUUUGAAGGCCUUAGCAACUUGCGGUACCUGAAUCUGGGCAUGUGCAACCUGAAAGAGAUCCCCAACCUCAUUCCGCUAGUCCGGUUGGAUGAGUUGGAGAUGUCUGGAAACCAGCUCUCGAUAAUUAGGCCAGGGUCUUUCAAGGGCCUCAUCCACUUACAGAAGCUUUGGAUGAUGCAUGCUCAGAUCCAGACAAUUGAGAGAAAUGCCUUUGAUGACCUUCAGUCCCUUGUGGAGUUAAAUCUAGCCCACAACAACCUUACCCUUCUGCCCCAUGACCUCUUCACUCCAUUGCACCAUUUAGAAAGAGUACACUUACACCACAACCCCUGGAAUUGCAACUGUGACAUCCUCUGGCUCAGUUGGUGGCUCAAGGAGAUGGUUCCAGCGAAUACCAGUUGCUGUGCUCGAUGUUCUUCACCUGCCAGCCACAAGGGGCGCUAUAUUGGCGAACUGGACCAGAACUAUUUCCAUUGUUAUGCACCGGUGAUCGUGGAGCCGCCAGCCGAUCUCAAUGUAACCGAGGGCAUGGCUGCAGAACUGAAAUGCAGAGCGAAUUCUUUGACCUCAGUCAGCUGGAUCACCCCCAAUGGGUCCAUCAUGACGCAUGGGGCAUACAAGGUACGCAUUUCCGUCCUCAAUGAUGGGACAUUAAACUUUACCAAUGUCACAAUGCAAGACACAGGAACGUACAUCUGUAUGGUGAGCAACUCUGCAGGCAACACGACAGCCUCAGCCACACUCAAUGUGUCCUCAACGGAGAACAGUAGCUUUAGUUACUUUACUACAGUCACAGUUGAGACCACAGAAACGGCACAUGAUGAGGGCCACCCAACGGUACAGCAGAAGGGGGGUCCCACCCCUGCCUCUGGAAUUUGGGAAACAUCCCCACCUUCCUUCAGUACCACGACUACUGCACGGACCUCGUUGUCCACCAAGGCCACAGAGAAGACCUACACCAUUCCUGUCACAGCCCUGAGUGAUGGAUCACUCAACACUUUGGAUGAGGUGAUGAAGACCACCAAGAUCAUCAUUGGAUGCUUUGUGGCCAUCACUCUGAUGGCAGCCGUCAUGCUAAUCAUAUUUUAUAAAAUGCGCAAACAGCAUCACCAUCAGAACCACCAUGCUCCAACACGAACCAAUGAAAUCAUCAAUGUAGAUGAGGACUGCGUAGCGGGUGGACCUACCAUGGAAGGUCACCUUACUCUUCCCCCACUUGAGCAUGAGCACCUGAAUCAUUACAAUGCCUACAAGACUGCAUACAACCACGCCUCCACCAUCAAUUCUAUACAUAGCUCCGCCCACGAACCUUUGCUAAUUCGGGCCAGCUCAAAAGACAAUGUACAAGAAACGCAGAUCUAAACUGUUUUCAUAAUGGGAAU